AUGAGUGGCACUGAAGUGAAAGCAUCCGUCCUUCAUGGGGCUAGGGACCUCCAAGUUGAGACACGGCAGCUAUCCGAUCCCGCCCCGGAUGAAGUGCAAGUAGCCGUACAAAUGACGGGUCUCUGCGGCUCCGACUUACAUUACUUUCGGCAUUUUCAGAAUGGUCCGAUCAAGGUGCGGGAACCGAUAACCCUAGGUCACGAAUCAGCCGGUGUCGUCGUUGCUACCGGUUCCUCAUCAUCACUUAAAGUUGGCGACCGCGUCGCACUUGAGGUUGGCUUACCCUGUGAGACAUGUGAAUUAUGUCGUGAAGGCCGCUACAACAUCUGCCGCGGUAUGAGCUUCCGAAGUUCCGCAAAGGCCUUCCCACAUGCGCAGGGUACGUUGCAGGAGAGGAUAAAUCACCCGGCUAGGUGGUGUCAUAAGUUACCAGAUACUCUAUCCCUAGAGCAUGGAGCUCUUGUAGAACCUCUAUCAGUCGCAAUGCACGCCCGGGAUCGUGCAGGUCUGAAAUCCGGAUCCACGGUGUUGGUUCUCGGCGCCGGAGCAGUGGGUCUAUUAUGCGCAGCCGUAAGCAAGGUAUCCGGUGCCAAGAAUGUGAUCAUCGCGGAUAUUCUCGAGGAUCGUGUUAAAUUCGCUGUCGAUAACGGAUUUGCUGACGCCGGACUUACUGUUCCUAUCGCCAACCCAAGACCGGAAACUGUCGAGGAUAAACUAGCAUACGCGCAGGACCUAGCCGAAAAACUAAAGGCAUUAAAAGCGAAGAGUGGCGAGGUUAUUGGUGAAUCCGCCGUGACAUUCGAGUGUACGGGUGUUGAAUCCUGCAUGCAGACAGCUAUAUAUGCCACACAACCAGGUGGAAAGAUAAUGAUCAUAGGUAUGGGGAUGCCGGUACAGACACUACCCGUUAUGGCCGCAUCUCUCAAGGAGGUCGAUCUCGUCGGAGUUUUCCGAUACGCCAACACAUACCGCACUGCGAUUGAGCUUCUUGCUAGCGGAAAUCAAUUACUACCCGACGUGCGAAAACUUGUUACCCAUCGAUUCCAAGGCCUCAACAAUAUACCACCCGCGUUUGAUACGGCAGCCAAAGUUAAAGACGAAAAGGGAGACUUAGUCAUCAAGGUCAUGGUAGAUAUGGCAGAAUAG